AUGAAAUGGAGAACCCUCACAGGAGCUCUAUGCGACAAGCGAAUGCCAGUGCAACUCAAAUCCCAAAUAUACCACACUGUGAUCCGUCCCACAGCGCUGUAUGGCAGCGAAUGUUGGUCCGGUACGCGAAAUGAAGAACACAAGCUUAGUAUCAUGGAGACAAGAAUGCUGCGGUGGACAUUAGGGAUGAAAGUUGUUCUCAUGGUUAAGAAAAUGCAGGAAAAGCAACUGCGAUGGUACGGGCAUGUAGGUAGAAGAGAUGAGAGCCACGUCACAGGAAUGGCCAUGUCUCUGGAGGUCGCUGGAAUAAGACCACGAGGAAGACCAAAGAUGAGGUGGAUGGACAGGCUAGAGCUGACCUGA